AUGCUCCGGAGGAUCAUGUUGUGUUGGAAAAACACUCCGCGGAGUCCAUCAUUUUUGUUGGCCUCUUCUUUUCUUUGGCCGCCUGUGAUUCGUCAGCACCGGGCGGUGAUGCAAGUGAUCAGGCACCGCGGUGAUGCCGCAGAGCAUGCCAGCCGCCUCGUGCUUGUCACCGGUACUUGCACGAGGCGCCAGGGACUAGACUCGACCCAAGGAGGUGAGACGGUGCCAGGGCUGGCGCCAUGGAAGGUUAAAAGAUGUAUAAAGACGUCAAAUUUCAAACCUCCCAAUGUUCCCAAUUUCAACCAACAACUUCAGUAG